AUGGAUAAGGAAUUUCUUUUUGUGGAGAAAGAUUGGGUCUUGAUUAUGGACAUAAUUGAAAAUGGUGACGUUUCUGACAUUAGUUUGAGUGGAGAUGAGGAUGACAGUAUACCACUUAUUGAAAGGCAAGCUCCACAGAUAGUGAAACGUGUUGGAGCAGAUAAAGUGGGCAUGAAUGAUGUGUGUAGAAACACCAUAUCUGAAGAUGAAGAUGACGGAGACGUGAUGGAUGCUGAAAUGAACUUUUUAUGCAAUGAAAACAACCCAGAAUUGAAUAACCUGUGUGACAACAUAAUGGUGACACCUAAAGAAUCCAUAAAAUGGAAACGCAAGCCUCUAAGUACCAUGGCAGAAACAUACAAAGCUCCAAAUUUUGAAGAAUCUGUCUUGUGUUCUCCAAUACAAUACUUCAAAAGAUAUAUACCAGAUGAUUUGUUCACUAGCAUGGCAGCACAUACUAAUAUUUAUGCAUUACAACAAGGCAAAUCCUCAUUCAAGCAGACAACAGCUCAAGAACUAGAGGUGCUAUUUGGUUUGCAUAUACUGACUGGCGCUUUGAAAUUUCCCAGAUUACGAAUGUAUUGGGAUACAAGCCUGAAGGUAAAUGUGUUUUGGGAAAACAUGUCACGAGACAGAUUUUUAGAAUUACAAACAAAUUUACACUUGGUGAACAACCUGGAGAAGCCACCUGAAAAUAAAGAUAAAUUUUACAAAGUCAGGCCAGUUUACACAGCCAUUCGAAUACGCUGCAGUGAACUUCCUAUAGAAGAGAAUGUUUGUGUGGACGAAGGAAUUAUUCCUUUCACUGGGAAGUUUUCUGCAAAUCAGUAUGUCAAGGGGAAACCAAGUCCAUGGGGAAUCAAAGUCUUCAUGUUGUGUGGAAAGAGUGGAAUAGUGCAUGAUUUCCUUUUGUACCAAGGUGCUACAACUGAACUAAAUACCACAUGCUGUAAAAAAUUUGGAUUAGGUCCUGCUGUUGUUUUAGGAUUUUCUGUUCCACUCUCAAAAGGUAAAGGUCAUAAACUAUACUUUGACAACUUCUUUUCAUCUUAUCAUCUGUUUCAAGUUCUGAAAUCUCAGGGCAUCAAUGCAGCAGGUACUGUCCAUCAAAACAGGUUUGGAAAGAACUUGCCUUUCUCAGAUGAUAAAACAAUAAUGAAACAAACCAGAGGUUACUGUGAAGAAAUCACUAAUGCUGAUGACAUUACCAUGUGUAAGUGGUUAGACAAUAGGCCAGUUGUAUUGUGUUCUAACUUUGUUGGUAAAGGCUCAGUGGAUGAAGUCGAGCGUUGGGACAAAAAGCACCAUAAAUAUGUGAAAGUAGAAAGACCUGAAAUAGUGAGAAGAUAUAAUCAAGCAAUGGGUGGUGUGGAUCUAUUUGAUCAAUUGAUAAGCUACUACAGAGUUUUCAUCAGAUCUCAAAAAUGGCCUUUGCGUAUGAUUUUUCACUCUGUUGACUUUGCCAUCGUGCAAAGUUGGUUGGAAUACAGACGAGAUGCAGACAACCUGUCUACCCCAAAGAAGAAGCAAAUGGACCUUCUUUCCUUUUGUAUCAGGCUAGCAGACAGAUUGAUACUGUGCCAAAAGAAAGUGACUGGAAAGAAGAGGGGGCAUCCGUAUGAUGAAGGACUGGUUUCAGACAUGAGAGUCGUACCAAGAAAACGAGGAGAAUUACAACCAGCUACAGAGAUACAGUUUGAUUCCAUAGACCAUUUGCCUUUGCAUGAUGUAGGAGCUCCAAGUCGCUGCAAAUUUCCAAAAUGUACAGGGCACUCAAGAAUUCAGUGCAGAAAAUAUAAAGCACAUUUGUGUCUCCAAAAGGACAGAAAUUGUUUUUUGCAGUUUCAUACUAAACCUUAA